UUUUCAUGAUUUACAUGUUACUUGGUUAAAAAUAUGGCUGCGUCAUUGCAUUUUCAUCGCAGCUUGUAUUCUAUAUAGAGGUGCAAGUGCUCUUCUUCGUUCUCUCUAUCUGUACUAUUAUAUUCAAAGUAAAUUUCAAGUCACAAUCAAAAGUUCUUCAAAAUGGCAGGCUUCUUAUCCAGGUUCCACAACUCGAAAUUUUACCCCCUCCUUCAACGAAUCCUCCGCACCCUACAAUUCCUAUCGGCCCUCGCGUCUCUUAUCGUUUUCUCUAUUCGCAUCCGAAAGAUUUAUAAACUCUAUCGCAGUAUUUCUCACGCAGAGGGGGCCAUUGAAGGUAUCCUCGCUGCCGCCAUUGCUUACACUCUUGCAAUUAUGGCGUUGAAACUAUGUAUGCGAAACGGCGGACCGAAAUUCCUUCGUUGGAUCCUAGUUGUGCUCGACGUAGCUUUUGUGGGAGCUUUUAUUGCUGUCGCUGUGUUGACGAGCCCGAACGGUGGGAAGGCUGGACCUUGCUAUGGCCAGAGGAAGAAGAUUGCAGCGCAGAGUGAUUAUGCCAACGACCCAGGAUGCCAAUUGCCUCUUGGGACUUUUAUCACAGCUAUUGUUAGCACUAUUCUUCAUGCUUUGACUGCCAUCUUCCAAGAUACUCGUGAGCGUCACAGAGAGCACAAAGCUGUUAAGGAGGAAUAUUAUAAUGGAGACAGCAACAGCGGCAGAACCGCAAUCAGCUCCACCCACUACAACCAAGAUCGCUCAGCUGUUUAGGAACUUGUUUGUUACAUCUUGGCUUGAUAGCUAGUCAUCACGUAAAAGCGUUGAUCAGGAUGUAGUGGGAGCAAUAGGGAGAGCAGUGAACAAAGAUUUAUAUCAGCAGAUUAUGUUUCCCCAGUAGAUAGAACCUCGUGCUCAACUCAAAUAGAAAAUUUAUUUACUUAUUUAUUA